AUGGAGAAUUAUCUCUUAACUCAGAACUUCAUUACUAAUGAUUGGCUGAGCUCCAGUCACACUUGCUGGGCAAUUGAAACCAUCUUUGCCUUCCUGUGUGGACUGGGGCUCUUCUUCCUAUUACUCUCCUACUUCAAGACUAAUCCAUCCUUACCACCAUACAAGAAACACAGAAACAUCAGGAAGCACAAGCGCCAGCAAGAACAUGUGUCCUGCCAUGCACCAGAGACCUCGCUCUGGGGUGGCCUUACAGACAGGCAUAUAGAGACUCAUAACCCCUCAUUUGUCAAUCCAGAUGUCCAGAAGCUGCUUGAGAUAUCAAUCACUAAAAGGGUAGAACUGAAGAUUUGCAAAGAGAAAGAAAAAGGUGGGUCAGUUGUCAAACAGUGGUACCCAGAUGACCACGUGGGCUCUUUGGGGACUAUGUGGAAGUUGCUGGGUGCUGAGCAGAACACCACUACCCCGCAAUCCUUCUGGAACAUGAAAGACGAACCAGAGCCGCUGGCCGGUCCUCAGCUGUUCUCAUCCCCCAAGGUCUUGGAAGACCACUUGCAACAGAAAUGCAGCCAGCUCUUCUGGGGUCUCCCCUCUCUGCACAGUGAGUCCUUGGUGGCCACUGCCUUGGUCUCUACUCACUCUUCUCAACUACAGAUUCCCUCUGUUUUAUUCAAUGGAAUCUCUAAGUGCUUGCCAGUUCUAAUUCAGGAUCAAAUAUCUUCACAGUUUUCCCACGCCCCACCCUUGCUCCACCUUGGGAUCCAACCCCAACCCUCGAUGCUAACCUUGCCCCAGUCCCAGGCCCACCUUCCCCCUUCUGUCCCAAUCAGACCACCUUCUCUCCCAUCCCAGAGGAGGACCGGUGGGGUAUCUUGCCCUACAUCCCAAAAAAAGACACAAGUCUUCAUCCCAACUCAAAUUCAACAUGUAGAACAGCCCUUGUUGCCGAAGCAACAAGAAAGGGGGAAGACUUUACCCGCUAUGGUGAAAAGGCCUCCAAAAUCCUUUAGCCAAGUCCCUCCCAAGCUUCCAGAGGACAACCAGGCCUCCCACGCCCACAGGUCAGUUACCACUUUUCACGGGGACUUUAUCAUCUUUAAUAUCCAGAAGCAACACCUUCGAAGGAGGCUCAGCAGGGAUAAACAGCAAGGUAGCCUGCCCCACAGGAUUCAACUGUCUCUGGAACUGAUGUGGUCUCAGGAUGAAUUCCCACGGGUGAGUCAGGCACAGGGAGAGCAGGGGCUCUCAAGGCCCUUUGUGUUUAAAGGCAAAAGCAGCCAGGUUACACAGAGGACCAGGUCCAGGUACCCUAGAAGUUCCCAUAGGAAGGGUCAAGCAAGAUUCCAACUAGAGAAGAACUUUAGUAAGGGUCUACGGCAAUGUCUGAAGAGGACGCCAAGAGAUCUCUCCAGGGUCUCAGCCAGGUACCCAGUGAAGGUUCUAGGAACCAACUCUGAGAAGGAGUUAGUAAGACCCUUGAUAAGCACCUUGAAGAGUGACCCAGGAAAAUACUUUGCGGGAGGCCCAGAUAAGAAACAUCUAGAAAAAAUCUUAAAGGUUCAUUUGCUCAGGAAAUUGGAACAGAUCAAUCAGGGUUUGAUCCCUGUGAGUGUGCGUCGAUCCUGGUUUGUGGCCAACCAUGCUUUGCCCAAGUUUCACCCUCACACAGAAAUCAGAAAUCUAGCACCCUUGAAGGAUCGGAAACCCUACGUAAACACCUCCCAUGAGCUGUUCUUCCUUAGUCCUCAUACUCAGCAGAAGCUGGAAGCACACAUCAUAAGGUUUCGGGUGAGGCAUAGGUGGGACCUACCUGUCCAAGCCUCUGAGCCCAUAGAUCUGGAGCUAUGUGAAGCUCAACGCUUGCCCUAUUCCCAGUCCCCCUUUCCCUGCUCAGCCCCCUUUGUAUCUGGGGCCCACUCGAAAGCCAAGUUCUACAGGUUCUUGGGAAAACCUCCUCAGCCUCAUUCAGGAGGAGAGGGGAUAACAGAAGAGUCUGUUCCUACUCCCCUGCCUUUUCCCUCACCUGCAUGGGAGGAAAUCCAACAGGGCCUGGGAGGGACCUCACCUGAUGAUGGCCCCCAUGAGUCCUCAGAGACCUCUUUAUCAGGACAGAAGGGCAGAUCACCUUCUCAGACCUCCACACUCAGCCUCAUAAACAGAACCCUGCAGAGCAAGACUGUUAUGGGGGCCAAGAAAGACAACCUGGAUCCAAGCCAAAGUUUAGCAAUGGCCAGGAAUGAGCUAAAGGAGGAGAGUGGGGGUCAUGCCUCACCAAACAAGGUAGCAAUACUAGAGAUGAACUUCAGGUCCCAAUCUCCAAGGGCUGAAGGGUCCAUGGAGGCAAUGGAGGCUGAGAAGGCCCCUGCUUGGAAAGUCAUCUUAAGACCCAGUGUGCUGGCCAAUAACCAAACCAUUUAUGUGGAUCUGAGGAGAUCAGGAUCUCCAAGCACUAGUAAAAGUCCCUCACCACCUACAGCCCAAGAUACAAAGGAGCCAAGCCUUAAAACAAAGGCUAGUAAGUUUGAGCUCCAAGAGAAGGUAGAGUCAGGGAACCAGCCUCAAGGCCAUACCACUGGUGUGCUUCUUCAAGAUUCUCCCAGUGACAUCCUCCUUCCAGACUUUGCCUCUGGCGUGCCUGUCCAGGACUGUGACACCAAUGUGCUCCUGAAAGACCUUCACACUAAUGCUGUCCUUGCUGAAGACAUCUUGACCACUCACAAGUCACCCUGUUCCCAGAGGGAACAUGACAAUGGAGACACACCAGCUUCCCCGGUGCCACAUGACCUUAGCCCCUGCAGUGAGGGGCAUCAGGAGCCCAGUGUACCAAAAGUUGAGGAACCAUGUGAGAGCCAGAGGGAGAGGGACUCCAAUAAUGAGAGAGAGGACCAGAAGAGUCCCAAACCAGAAAAGCAUGAAGAAGAGUCUGCAGAACCAUUGGGAAUCAGGGCUUCCCAAGCUAGUGGGACAGGACACCCUCCCAAGGUCAGAGGAACAGGAGAGAGCCUUGGGAGCAAAUACCUCCAGCUCGUGCCAGAAAAGGGACAGAUUUUUCCAGAAAGCCACUUUAGAAAAAGGAUGAGGAACUUUCUGCAGUACCUUAAUCUCAAUAAAAAAAGCAAAGGACUGGAAGGUACCCUUCAAAAAGGCAAGCCCGCAGCAGCCCUUGCCCAGGUACCAGCCAGAAGCAGAGCAGCUACAGAUGGUAAGGCUGUUGAAGCUCAGACGAUUGUGACAGCAGUGGGACAAGUCCUGGUGAAGAAAUUGGGAUUUCACCAAGGAAUUCGUGCCUCAGAGAUAAAUCAGCGCAAGGAAUUGCAGGCCCCAAUUUUCAAUAGCUUGAGCUCAGACCCACAGUUUAAAGCAUCAGAAACUGAAAACGAACAAAACUUUGCCAUCAUCUAA